AUGGGUUGGAAGAAAGGGAUUUGUCGAAUACUCUUAUUGCUGAGCAUAGUAGGAACGACGUGGGCGCAGCACGCGGAUAUCAAUUUACCUGCAGGACAAGAUCAACCUAAUGAAGGUGAGCAAGAGUCUCGUGAUGCUGGUACCGAGCUGGAGUUCAGCUACCAUGACCAUGACCAGAUGACACGAUAUCUACGAGCAGUAUCUACUCGUCAUCCUUCUCUUACAGCGCUCUACUCUAUCGGAAAAUCUGUGCAAGGACGUGAACUGUGGGUGAUGGUAGUAUCAGCUUCACCAUAUGAGCACAUGAUUGGCAAGCCCGACGUCAAGUACGUAGCAAACAUACACGGAAACGAAGUUGUUGGAAGGGAGUUACUUUUGCAUUUAAUUCAGUACCUAGUAACGUCCUACGAGAGCGAUUCAUACAUAAAAUGGUUAUUAGACAACACACGUAUUCACCUUAUGCCAUCAAUGAAUCCGGACGGGUACUCAAUCUCGCGAGAGGGACAAUGCGACACCAUUCAUGGCAGGCACAACGCUCGUCGAUAUGAUUUGAACAGAAAUUUCCCUGACUUCUUUAAAGCAAAUACUAAGCAACCCCAGCCUGAAACUGAAGCAGUAAAGGAAUGGAUUAGUAAGAUACAGUUUGUGCUUUCCGGAUCUCUACACGGAGGAGCCCUGGUUGCCUCCUAUCCAUUCGAUAACACGCCCAGCUCUAGGAUAUGCAGGUCCUCCGUAUUGUGUUCAGUGUUCCAAAGCUACGCUCACUCUCCCUCAAUCGCUCCCGACGAUGAUGUAUUCCGUCAUCUGGCGCUCGUCUACUCCAACAACCACGCCAAGAUGUCACGUGGAGUUUCAUGCAGGAGCGAGAUACCGAGGUUCGAAAAGGGCAUCACUAAUGGAGCUGCAUGGUAUCCCCUGACCGGAGGAAUGCAAGAUUAUAACUAUUUGUGGCACGGCUGCAUGGAAAUCACAUUGGAGAUAUCUUGUUGUAAAUAUCCACCUGCACAUGAAUUAGCGAAGUAUUGGCAGGAUAAUAGACAGUCCCUUAUAAAAUACUUGGCGGAGGCUCACCGCGGUGCCCACGGGUUCGUAAUGGAUGAUAGCGGUAACCCCGUGGAAAGUGCCGCCAUUCGCGUUAAAGGACGUGAGGUCACAUACCACACAACUAAAUACGGAGAGUUCUGGCGCAUUCUACUACCAGGAACAUACAAAUUGGAGGUCUCUGCGGAAGGAUAUUUACCACAAGAAGUAGAGUUCUUUGUGAUUGAAACUCACCCAACACUUUUAAAUGUUACCCUUCAUUCGGCGAAACGAAUCGAUGGAGGUCCAUAUUACCGACCUGCUGGACCACCAAGACCGCCACCUGCUCCUACCCAGUCCCCUGGACUCUUCUCUACUUUUACUUCUUCAAUUAAUAACUUUGUCUCAAGCAUAUUUGGAUAG